UUGACAUUUGCGUCUAUUCUGUGAUUUGCAAAAAUUUCUUAUUACAAAAAGUUUUAGUUCGUUUGUGUUUUACAAAAAGUGAUAAGGAAAAAUUGAAAACUAUAUAUUCACAUAAUGGCCGCGCCAGCAGUAAAUGUAUCUGCUUAUUUAGCAACACAAAAGAAGACUACCAACAAAGAACUUGCAUCAGAGUGGACGACCAUAGAAGAUUUAUACAAUGAGAAGCUUUGGAAUGAGUUGACUAUUCUUUUGACACGAUUUGUACGCCACCCCGCUCUUCAGGAUGAGGAUACAUUAUUGCAGCUGUAUUCAAACUUUAUUUCUUCAUUCGAAACUAAAAUAAAUCCGUAUGGCUUGGUACAAAUACUUGAAGUUGUAGUAGAACACAUUUCUGAUAAAAAAGAAGCAGUCGAAUUUUUAGAAAAACUGAAAGAAAAGGUUAAUAUUUGCGAUGAGGCUGUUUGGUACAUACGGGUACUGCAAGGCAAUUUGUACUUAAGCAAUCUCAACGACUUGGAUGCUACAAAGAAAAUCAUUGAAGAACUACGUGAAUUUCUGGAAGAGGCAGGCAAUGUCACACCAGUUCAUGGCAAAUUCUAUAUGCUUGCUUCACAAUACUACCGACGUGUGGGCAAACAUAGUGAUUACUACCGUUGUGGACUGCAAUUCUUAGGCUGUUCUCUUGAUGAUUUUCCAAAAGAUCAGUGGGCACAGCAAGCAUUUUUCCUAGGUCUUGCUGCAUUGCUGGGCGAAGGCAUUUACAACAUUGGUGAGCUGUUGGCGCAUCCCAUAUUAGAGUCAUUAAAGGGCACAGACAAUGAGUGGCUGAUGGAACUGUUGAAAGCAUUUAACACUGGUAAUAUACCAAAAUUCAAUGAAAUGAAGAAAAUCUGGUCAAAAAUACCCGAUUUGGCUGCACAAGAAGUUAAGCUGCGUCAAAAGAUCUCCUUACUUUGUCUUAUGGAAAUGACCUUCCAACGUUCAGCUACUCAACGUUCUAUUUCAUUUGAAGAAAUUGCCAAAGAGACAACAUUGCCAUUGAAAGACGUUGAAUUGCUUAUCAUGAAAGCUUUGGCACAGGAUUUAGUACGUGGUGAAAUAGAUCAAGUUGCCGGUGUGGUGAAUAUGUCUUGGGUACAACCUCGAGUAUUAGGGCGUAAACAAAUUGCGGGCAUGGCUACUACCUUAGACCACUGGAUGUCGUCUAUCACUUCAAUGGAGAAACUAAUGGAAACGCGUGCCGGUGAAAUUCUAACCAAUUAGUAAUUAUUUUAUUCGAAUAAACUUUUUGAAGUGUUUUGAUAAUAGUAAUUUAGUGUGGAAAUAAAAUAAAAUACGUAUUGCUUUAUAUGCAAGCAGUACAUAUUUGAUAUAUGAAA